AACCAUUACAACAACUACUACUAUUCAUCAUUAUUCGAUUUUAUAUUAAUGAAAACACAAGAUAUCGUCAAAUAAUACCUGGAGAAAAGAAAUAAAAUAAAAUAAAAAUAAUUUAUACGAAAUACAUAUAAUUAACAUAUUGUAAACUAACAACAAGAACAGCAACAACAAGAACACCAGCAAUAACAGCAACUACAGUAGGUUUUCAAUUUAAACGAAACUACAAAAUAAGAAGAAGAAGGAGAAGUAAGGAGAGAAACGGGUUGAAAAAAGCAGAAUAGAAAUCGUCGAUCAGCACAAACAUCUUAAACACAAGAACAACAGAAAAAAUGUCAUCGGGAACAUUUGUUGAUCGAAUCGAUCCAUUCGCCAAACGUUCAUUGAAAAAGAAAAGUAAAAAGAGUCAAGGUUCCUCACGCUAUAGAAAUUCACAGGAUGUGGAAUUGCAACAAUUGCCACCACUGAAAGCCGAUUGUUCAAGUUUGGAACAAGAAGAAUUAUUUAUUCGCAAAUUGCGUCAGUGUUGCGUAUCAUUUGAUUUUAUGGAUCCUGUGACUGAUUUGAAGGGCAAAGAAAUCAAACGUGCCGCCCUAAAUGAUUUAUCCACCUACAUAACACAUGGACGAGGCGUACUUACAGAAGCUGUGUAUCCUGAAAUUAUACGUAUGAUUUCAUUAAAUUUGUUUCGUACAUUGCCGCCAAGUGAGAAUCCAGAUUUUGAUCCAGAAGAGGAUGAUCCCACUUUAGAGGCCUCCUGGCCACACCUACAGUUGGUGUAUGAGGUGUUUUUAAGAUUUUUAGAAUCGCAAGAUUUUCAAGCGACCAUAGGAAAACGUGUUAUUGAUCAAAAGUUUGUUUUACAGCUUUUGGAACUAUUCGAUUCUGAAGAUCCACGUGAACGUGAUUUUUUGAAAACUGUUUUGCAUCGUAUUUAUGGAAAAUUUUUAGGUUUACGAGCAUUUAUAAGAAAGCAAAUCAAUAAUAUUUUUUUGCGUUUUAUUUACGAAACGGAGCAUUUUAACGGUGUCGGUGAAUUGUUGGAAAUUCUUGGAAGCAUUAUUAAUGGUUUCGCUCUACCAUUGAAGGCCGAACACAAACAGUUUUUAGUUAAGGUUUUGCUUCCUUUGCACAAAGUUAAAUGUCUGUCACUGUAUCACGCUCAGUUGGCCUAUUGUAUUGUACAAUUUCUCGAAAAAGAUCCAUUCUUAACGGAACCAGUCGUACGGGGUCUUUUGAAAUUCUGGCCAAAGACUUGUUCGCAAAAGGAAGUUAUGUUUUUGGGUGAAAUUGAGGAAAUACUCGAUGUAAUCGAUCCACCACAAUUUGUUAAAAUCCAAGAACCUCUAUUUCGUCAAAUCGCCAAAUGUGUAUCGAGUCCACAUUUCCAGGUUGCUGAACGUGCUCUGUAUCUGUGGAACAAUGAAUAUGCUAUGUCCUUAAUUGAAGAAAAUAAUGCUGUCAUAAUGCCCAUCAUGUUUCCGGCAUUGUAUCGCAUUAGUAAAGAACACUGGAACCAGACAAUUGUGGCUUUAGUUUACAAUGUUUUGAAGACUUUUAUGGAAAUGAAUUCGAAAUUGUUCGAUGAACUUACCUCUAGCUAUAAAGCGGAAAGGCAAAAAGAAAAGAAACGCGAAAGAGAUCGUGAGGAAUUGUGGAAGAAAUUACACGAAUUAGAGCUCAAUCGUACAAAGAGCAUUCAGGGAGGCAACUCUAAUAAUUCAACAAACGCUAGUGGUGCCUCAACGUCAGGAGGUGGCAACUCCAAUGCCAACAAUAGUCAACAACAGAACACAAAUUCGCAACAAUCGAACAGUACCGCAACAGAUCAUAAAUUCGCAGCUGGUGCUAGUGGCGAUAAUAAAACGGUAAAUGCGCCAACAGCAGCUACAGCGAAUGCCGGUGCCGCUAAUCCUUUUGCCAAAAUCAAAGCUGAAAAAGUUGAAAAUUAAUUUUCAACAUUUAAAUUAUAAUUAAAACCACCACCAGGAGUAGCAGACGCUGCCGCUAGCGCCGCCGCAUCAGCAGUAGUAGAAGCAGCAGCCAACACAAUAAUAAGAUCAAGAACAACAAACACAACAUCAAACACCAUAAGAAAACUUAAGGCAGACAAAAAGAUCAGGAAAUACAAAUAUUACUAUCCGUAUUAAAAAUUAUAAAUAAUUUAUAAAAAAACAAACAAACAAAAAUUGUUAGAAAACUAAACAAAAAGAAAGAACAAGUUCAAGCAAAAUUUGCUAAAAGAAAGAAACCUAAAAAAAUCAACAUCUAGAGCGUAGAGCGCCUGAUACCGAGAAAUUAAAAAAAAAAUAUAAAAAUAAAAUAUUUAAACUAAAAACAUAAAUCUAUAUAUAAAUUUAAACAAAAACAAAAGAAACGAGCUAAACACGCGAGGACAGGUCGAUAUAAAGUUGAAGUCGAAGAAGCAGAAGAAGAAGAAGAAAAAGAAGAGGAAACUGAAACAGAAAAUAUAUAAUAAAAUGAAAAGAAAUUUAGAAAUGGAAAUGGUAGAAUUAAAAUAAAAAAGAAUGCGUUAUGAGCAACUCUAAUAUCUAUGAUUUAACUUAUGCCUAUUUAAUUAUUAAUUAAAAA